AUCUCCCCUUUUUUUGGUGUAAGUACAUGAUGUUUCAUAGUCUUGAAUUUAUAUUAUUUUGGAUAUAAUUCUCAAUCUUGAAUUGUACUUGCACUUGCAUCAGAUUAAACAUUCUGUCUCCAACAUCACAGGAUCAAACAAUCAUGGGAGAUAUAGAAAUAGAACCAAGUUCACAUUUCAUUCAAUCUCCAGAACACAGACCAAAAUCUUCCAUAAUCAUUGCUGAAAGCAUCCCUCUAAUUGAUCUCUCUCCCAUAAACUACCAAGAUGAUGAAACCAACUCACUUUCCAUCGAAAACUUGGUCAAAGAAAUUGGUCAAGCAUGUAAAGAAUGGGGUUUCUUUCAAGUUAUUAAUCACAAAGUGCCUUUGGAUAAACGUGAGAGAAUUGAAGAAUCUGCAAACAAAUUUUUUGAACUUAGUUUGGAAGAGAAGGUUAAAGUGAGAAGAGAUGAAGUUAACUUGCUUGGAUAUUUUGAAGCAGAGCAUACAAAAAAUGUUAGGGACUGGAAGGAAAUUUAUGAUUUUAAUGUGCAACAACCAACUUUUAUACCACCUUCUUUUCAGUUCCAAUGGGAAAAUCGGUGGCCUAAGAAUCCUCCUGAGUUUAGGGAAGCAUGCCAAGAAUAUGCAGAAGAAGUAGAAAAACUAGCAUAUAAAUUGAUGGAACUUAUUGCAAUGAGUUUGGGUUUAGUACCAAAUAGGUUCCGUGACUUCUUUAUACAUAACACCAGCAAUAUAAGACUCAACCAUUAUCCACCUUGUCCCUACCCUCAUCUGGCUCUUGGUCUCGGACGUCACAAGGACACUGGUGUCUUAACUGUGCUUGCUCAAGAUGAUGUUGGUGGUUUGCAAGUUAAGAGAAAAUCAGAUGGAGAGUGGAUUCAAGUUAAGCCCAUUUUCAAUUCCUUCAUUAUUAAUGUUGGUGAUAUGAUUCAGGUUUGGAGCAAUGAUGCUUAUGAGAGUGUAGAGCACAGGGUAAUGGUGAACUCUGAGAAGGAUAGGUUUUCCAUUCCGUUCUUUCUAAAACCAGCACUCUACACUGAUGUUGAGCCCUUAGAAGAGUUGACAAACGAUAAGAAUCCUCCCAAAUAUUCAAAAAUCAACUGGGGAAAAUUUCGAACUGCCAGAAUGCAAAAUAAUUUUAUUAAAUCCAAUGUUGAUAACCUCCAAAUUUAUCAUUUCAAGCUUUCCUAGUAACCAAGUUAGAGUUUAUGCUUUGUAGACACUACAAAAUGUAAGCAAGCGUGAGGAGUUUAUACUUUAUAUUACUCUAAAAUGAGUGCUAGUAACAUACUAUCUUAUUAAUUGAAAUUCAAAUAAGUCAUAUAUC